ACACCAGAAGCUUUAACCAUGACGACGAUAUGCAUCGGAGGGUUCUGCAUCCCAGUGUAUGCGCUGCUGCCGUUUGCACUCAUGAUGCUGCAGGGAUUCUGGAACUGGUUCCGCAAAAAUGUCCUCGGCCAAGAAAAUGAAACGAUCCCCGAGAAUAGCCGUGUGAUCCACGUGACGUCGGAGCAACAGUUCCAGGAGCUCAUUGGCAAGGGCAAGUCGACCAAGCGCUCGGUGGUCGUGGACUUCUCGGCCACGUGGUGCGGUCCGUGUCGCCACAUUAGCCCCGUAUACCACGAACUCAGCGCCAAAUAUCCAUGCACAAUCUUCCUCAAAGUGGACGUGGAUGAACUAAAACCCGUGUCCAGAGGCUGCGGCGUGACGGCCAUGCCCACGUUCCAAUUCUUCCGUAGCGGCGUCAAGUGCGACGAGAUGCGUGGAGCGGACAGGAACGGACUGGAGACACUUAUCCAGAAACAUUACGUGGAAGUGGAGUUGCCGGAGAACGAAAAGUCGAUUGUUGCCUCUGAAGAGAAGACUUCGGAUGAAGGUCUACGUCAACGUAAGCCACAGGUGACAAAUGUGACGUCGGAGGAACAAUGGGAGAAUUUGAUGCAGCAAAAUCAAGAGUCAAACAAGGCGUUGGUGGUGGACUUCUGGGCCACGUGGUGCAAGCCGUGUGUGGAGAUCGCCCCGUUCUUCGAGGAGUUGAGUGCUCGCUUCCCCUCUGCUGUGUUCGCACGUGUAGAUGUGGACGAGCUCGAGAGUGUGGCCGAGGAUUUCAAUGUGUCGUCGUUGCCUAGUUUCAAGGUGUUCAAGGGCGGCAAGGUAGUCGACGAACUCAGCGGAGCCAUCAGGAGUGCUCUGGAAAGCAUGAUUGCCAAGCACGCCAAGAACUAAGCAAACAAUGAAGAGCGUUUGACGCACAACCGAGAGCGAGA